UUAUACAAAGCUGAUUUUUAUGUUGUUCGCGGAUCCGAAAUACAAGAGGUGCUCUACGGGCUGCCUAAAUUUUUGACUUUAUUUUCAGCCGGUAUGGAGCAAUAUAUGCUAUCUGAUCGCUAUUUAUCUCCUCAUGCCCGUUAUUAUGUCCGUGAAAUGCGUCUCAGAGCAUACCAGCAACAUUUAGACUCAUAUAGUAGCAUUUCUUUAGAUAGCAUGGCUACUACAUUUGGGGUUACCAAGAGCUAUUUGGAUUCAGAACUAUCUCGAUACAUCUCAAAUGGUCGCCUUCCGGCUAAGGUAGACAAAGUUGCUGGGGUUGUUGAAACGACUCGGCCAGAUAAUGUUAACUUUCAAUAUCAGGCUUGA